ACCUCCGGCCACUGUGCAUGAAGUAAAGGGCUGAUCUCUAACAAUACGUAUUGUUAGAAUUCAGUGAAUCAAUUUCAAAAUCCAUGGUUAAUUAUUGAAGCCAUAUUUAUAAGUCACAGUUCAGGAUUAUACAAGAGGACCAUCAUUCUAUAUUUCACACGCUUGUCUGGGAUCCAACUAAUCAGUCGCCUUAUUCUUUAAUCAUAAUAUCUUCACACAGAACUAGUACAGACCAUGGCUCCUCAAAUCGUGCUGAUGACCGGCUGCUCAUCGGGUAUCGGUCUCGCUACAGCUAAAUGUCUCGCUCUCGACAUCGAUCAGCGAUACAUCGUCAUCGCUACCGUCAUUGAGAUGUCGGAGAAAACUGACCUAGAGGCCGCCGUUUCGGGCGCUCUUGACAAAACUGUUUUCAUCGAGAAGCUUGACGUCACAAAGGAUGAGGAAAUUGCAGCGGUGGUGGAUGGCACCCUCAAAAAGUAUGGCAGGAUCGACGUACUCCUUAACGUAGCUGGGAUGGCUAUGUCCGGACUCCCCGAACGCCUUACACGGGAACGUAUGGAGAUGAUCUUCAACGUGAAUGUAUUCGGGGCAAUACGACUCACUCAAGCCGUCUUACCUCAGAUGAAAACGAGGAAAGCUGGAAAAAUAAUAACAGUUUCGAGUAUAGCAGGAAGAAUGGGUUGGCCAUAUACGGAGAUCUACUGCUCUACUAAAUUUGCAGUUGAGGGAUAUUUCGAGGGUCUUGCGACAGUAUUACGUUCAUUUAAUAUCAGAGUUUGUCUGGUAGAACCCGGUAAGGUAAACACCGGCCUCACGGACCAACUCCACGCCGGCUUUGUCUCAGGAGCCCAAGGCGACUCCGUUGACGACAUCGAUCGUCGUCAACUCCGUUAUCUGGAUGACUACCUCAAGGCAAUGCCUGGUGCCACGCCCGACGCGGUCGCAGAAGCGAUAAAGACAAGGUGUCUGGACGUCGACGAGCCCGUCCUUAGACAUCUUCUACCGGUUGAAUUUCAUGAUGCGGUCCCAGCCGGGGCAGCUGACAUUACCGGCGAGACCGUCAUCGGCAUAAUGGCGAAGUCUAUUGGAAAUUAAGCUUAACGGCCCAUUGUACUACUUGUAGCUAUUUGCUCCCUCUAUAUAGAAAAACAAUGCCUAAUCGGUGACCAUUGGUUACCCAUGAUCAUCUUUUCUUUAUGUUAACUGAGAGCUGAGUUGAUGAGAUACCAACCUGUCCAGUGACCUUGCAGGGCGGUCUAAUCCCUCCUAGCCAAACUAAGACAAAUGGGCUUUAAAUCUUUGUCAGAUAAAUAUAUUAUUAAAUGCAUCUCGUAUAUAUUAACAUCAUCUUUUAAACUUAACGAUGAACUAAAGGAAACGUGUAGAUGUGUCGCGGUCUAGUGGAUACGUCACAGGGUUCAUGGUUACAGUAUCAUCGUGGCACCAACAGCCUUUAGCAACAUUUCAAUCUACAUUUACCACUCAUAUGAUCAUCAUUAUCAUUAUUUGUUAUUAUCAUUAAUCUAUAUGAUUAUUAUAAAACCAGCACUACACGUACUAAUAUAAUUCAUCACCGGUUUGAAAAAUAUUUAUUUUAUUUUAUUUUAUUUUAUUUUAUUUAUUGG